UCAAAAUCAGUCAACAAUCUAAAUAACUGAUUAAAAUGGCUAACAAUUCCUAUCAGGUAUUCACUUAGGAUGUCAAAUUCAUCUGACUAUGGAAAAGAACAAUGCCGCAAACUUUUGGUUGCUCUAGAAAGUAACAGUUUGUCGUCCACAAUACUCAAUGUCUAACGCAUCAGGUCAGGUCGUUUCCGCUGUACGAAAUGUUCGGAUAUAGCGCGGCUAUAGACGGUCAACAUGUGUUCUUAAAUCAACUUAGUUUCCACAGCAAAGUUUGUCAGGGUUAACGAACAGUGGUUGUACAUCUGAUUCUCGGUUUCCUAACACAUAUUGUAGCAAUGGAUGAAAUAAGAUUAUCUUCAAGUCGGCGAACUCUCUAUUGCUGGCUUCUAAUUUUCAUCUUCUUUUGUCUUCCAAACGAUUCAUCACAAGGCCCCAACGAAAGAAGAUUGAUUAAUGACCUAAUGCGGGAUUACAAUGUGCUUGAAAGGCCAGUUGCUAAUGAGUCAGAUCCCCUUCUCCUCAGCUUCGGCCUUACGCUGCAACAACUCAUAGAUGUGGAUGAAAAAAAUCAGCUGUUAAUUGCAAAUAUAUGGUUAUCCUUGGAGUGGGUGGAUGUGAAUCUUCGCUGGAACCCGGUUGAUUACAACAAUAUCAAAGAUAUUCGGCUAGCCGCUUACAAGAUAUGGAGACCAGACGUUCUCAUGUACAAUAGCGCAGACGAUCAAAUCGACAGCACUUACAAGACCAACGUAGUUGUGCGCCACAACGGUAGCUGCACUUACAUUCCCCCAGGUAUCUUCAAAAGCACGUGCAAAAUUGACAUCACAUGGUUUCCUUUCGACGAUCAAAAAUGUGAAAUGAAAUUUGGUUCUUGGACGUACGAUGGGGGUGCUAUUGACCUUCGACUGGCCAGCAAUGAAGGCGACCUCUCUGCAUUUAUUAGCAAUGGUGAAUGGGAAUUAAUUGAGGUUCCUGGCAAAAGAAACGUUAUAUAUUACGCUUGUUGUCCAGAUCCAUACGUUGACAUCACUUUUGUCAUCCACAUUCGUCGUCGAACUCUUUAUUACGGGUUCAACCUAAUCGUUCCCUGCGUGCUCAUAUCGUCGAUGGCUCUUCUAGGAUUCACGCUGCCCCCUGACUCCGGAGAAAAGCUCACGCUAGGUGUAACAAUCCUCUUGUCUCUUAUGGUAUUUCUUCUUCAACUAGCUGAAACCAUGCCACCAACUUCAGACGCAGUAUCCAUUAUCGGUACGUAUUUCGCUUGCAUCAUGAUGAUGGUAGCUUUUUCUGUCGUCAUGACAGUGGUUGUACUGAACUACCAUCACAGAAGUCAGGACACUCACGAAAUGCCAGCUUAUAUAAAGACAUUAUUCCUUGUUUGGCUGCCAAAAAUUCUUCGAAUGAGACGCCACGGUAAAUAUGAGGAAAACAAGAAAAGUCAGAUAAAUAACAAAAUAAAGGAGCUCCAGCUCAAAGAGAGGUGUUCGCGAAGCCUACUUGCUAAUGUCCUAGAUAUUGACGAUGAUUUCAGACUUCAAAACAGCACCAGCGGAUAUCUACACGUCGCCUCCACCGAAGAAACGCCGAUACCGCAUAGUUGCAUUCACACACAACGAGAACUUAAUUCUAUUUUGAAGGAAUUACGUUUUAUAACAAGUAGAAUGAAAGAAGAAGACGAAGCCAAUGAUAUUGUCGCAGAGUGGAAGUUUGCCGCGAUGGUUGUAGAUCGUGUGUGCUUGAUUAUCUUCUCUCUCUUUGCAAUCAUAUCAACGUGUGUUUGUCUAUUACAAGCGCCUCAUCUUGUAGCUUAGUACAGGGUUAAUUGUAAUGAAUUUUAUGUCUACAGUUAUUCUGAAUUAUUCUCUCUCGAAUGCUAAAACGAAUUGUAAAACGUACUUCUAAAAUGAGGCUUUAACUGACUUACAAUCUUCAGUUACGUUUUACCAGUUUUAAUAGGAAGAGAAUGUUUAUAUACACAUAUAUCUUUAUUAGACUAAACUAAACUAUUUUACAUUCAUAAACUUUUUCUUGGAGUGUUAUAGGUCAAAAUAUCAACUUUUCUAAUGAAAACAGUCCUAGAUUUGAUUCAUUUCACUCUGUAUUUUACACUUUUUCUGU